UAUAUUUUGUACGACUUUGUACCCCCUAUUGUUAUCUAAAAACAAACGAACAAACAAACAAACAAAUAAAAAAGCGUUUAAAUGCGGUUUUCCCCUAAGCUGACUCCGCCCAUACAGCUAUGACGCGGCGUGACGUUUCCGGUAACACUACUUUAGGUAUGAGAUAUCGGUCCAGAAAGGUGACUUACAUCAGUCAGAUGUCCUAUCAAAAACAAAGAUGGGUCAGUCAGAGAGUGGACACAUUCAUGUUGCUACAAAGGACUUCAAACCGAGAUCAGAUCUGUGCUCGGGUCUGCAGGUAGAUGUUCCUCUAGCUGUGGUUGAGGAGAUCCUCCUGAAGCUGCCCGCUCAUCAGGUGGUGCGAGUCUGUCGUCUGGUGUGUCACGAGUGGAAGGAGCUGGUGGACAGUGCUGCACACUGGAGAGAGCGCUGCCGGAGAGAGAGGAUCCAGCCGUGUGAUGCUUCCAGACUGCCAGACGACUGGCGCUUGUUUUACUUCUUAACUAGGAAACGACGUAACUUGCUUAAGAAUCCCAGAGCGGAAGAGGAGUUCAGGGGAUGGAAGAUCGUACAGAAUGGCGGUGACUGCUGGAAAGUGGAAGAUUUGAUAGAAAACCCAAAUUCUCCCAAAAUCUCAAAGUACUUUGUCACCUCAUACUGGUUGUGUUUAAAGCAGCAGCUGAUUGAUUUGAGGAAAGAAGGUUACAGCGCUGCUUUCAUGGAUCAGCUGCAGCCUCAUAUCAAAAUAUCAGACUGGUUCGCAGCACGCUGUGAUUGUGGAAGCGUGUAUCAGAUCAGUGUAGAGUUGCUCGAUCAGAAGAAGAAACCCAUCACUGUCUUUGAGCCUAACCCGGUUUUCUUUCCACAGUGGAACGAUCAGCAGUGGUGUGAAAUGACGCAUGUCUUUAAGGAUUAUGGACCCGGGGUUCGGUUUAUUCGUUUCACUCAUGGAGGGAAGGAUACACAGUUUUGGGCAGGCUGGUAUGGGAUACGGGUCACUAACAGUAGUGUGGAGAUCUGUCCGGCUGAAGAGAGAUAGUGAUGAGUUAUGAGAAACGCAGGGCUGCCAACUUUUGUUUUCAGCUUGGAGUGAGAUUUCCCGAAAACUAACUAAAUAUAGGCUUUUAUGGGAGUUUUUAUUUUGUGAAGACGUUAAAUAAUAAUGUGUUUAUAGCCUAUAGUUUAGUUUCAGUUUUAAUUAGGGCUCAGCAGGGUUAAGUGUCUAAAGUGUCUAAUUUAAAGUUAUAAUUUGGUUAUGAUGGUUAGAUGACAUGAUCAUGAUAUGUAACUGUGCUCUCUUGAUCACUUUUUAGCAAAAAAACGUCAAUGCACAUUUGAUCGAAAGCCUAGCGGAGUGAUCACAAGAUGCAGGCAAAAGUUUUGCAUUGUUUACAGAAAGGAUGCUUUUUUGUUUUUCUUCAAGGCAAAAACCUAGAAUGCCUAAUGAUGGUUUGAUUGCUUGAGCUACAUGAGAAGUCAAAUAAUUUUGCCGACCAGCUAGAUUUAAUGUGGGGGUGGUUCGGGUCUGGUACAGAGUUAAAUGUGUGUGAUGCUGAAACAGUAAAGCCCCGCCCAUCUUUCAUUUGAUUGGCCAUCUAAAUCAUUUUGACAUUCACGAGCGCUGUCUGGAGUUUUUAUCACUCCAACAACAAACACAGCAGAAAAUAAAUAUUGGAUUUGCCAGGGACAUUUUUUUUGCAUGACAAAAUGGAUGCGUGGUGUGAGAGCAUGAGAGUUGGCAGCCCUGGAAACGCUAUUAUAUAACCCCAAACUUAAAAGUCUUAUUAGGAAAGUUAAUAUAUCAGUGUUUUUCUUUAUUGAACUCAUGAUCUUUUGUAUUUAUUUUUUUAACUAUGUAUAAAUCAAGUUUUAAAUGGGUUAUUUUUCAAAAGGCCUCUUGGACCUCCUCUUAUUCAUCGAUGACUUAUUUCUCGAAUGUUGUUGCACCAUUUUCAUGGUGCUCUUGUGCUUUGCACAGAAAAUGUAUUCUCAUAGCUUCAUAUCAUUAAGGUCGACCCAUCCAUGAUGUAACUGAUGGACUGUUUUAAUGAUGUCCUUACUACCUUUCUGUGCCUUGAACAGUCAGUUGCGCUGCUGUCUGUAGACUGUCAAAUGCUCUCAGAUUUCAUCAAAAACGCCUUCAUUUUUGUUCCAAAGGUUAACGAAGGUCUUGCAGGUUUGAAAUGAGAUGUGGGCUUGUAAUUAACUUUUUUUUGAUUGAGCUAUCCCAGUCGUUAAAGCUUUAAAAAGAAGGGCGUUUCAGACAUGUUCCCCUAACAUGAAUUUAUCUCAUCAACUGCAUAUAACUGCUUCUCUUUGAAAGGAUUGCUUAAAACUGAAGUAUUAGGGGAGUGAGUUAAAAUGUAGCAGUGGAAAGGGCUGAUCUUAUACAUCUGACGUUAGAGAAAUAACAUAAGAAAAAAAAUAUUUUUUCCACCUAGUGUAAAAAGUCAUUUGGUAUAUACUUUGUACAUAUAACCACAUCUAUAACCAUAUAACCACAUCACUUAUACAGUUUCUGUAUAAAUAUUUUUUCAUCCUUUUAUUCAAAAUACAAGUCUCUCAUAUACUCUGGUGAUUCAACUUGACAUAAAACAGCAUGUGAGACGAGACACUCAUAUGGCUCUGUAAAGUCUUCUAAAUUAAGCUUUUGACAGACAUUGGCACACAAACGAAAGUAUUUACUUCAAAAUCUCCUUCAUUGUUAGACAAAUAAGAACUGGCACAUCUUACCCCACUCUACCCUACCAUAGCUGAAUAUCUUCGUUGUGAAGCAUCGUUAAAGUCUUAAAGGCAAAAUUUGCACACAUAUCAUCUGACUAUGUGAUAUGAGUACCGAGGUAAAUGAUGUGGAAAGCACCUGUCAAGUAAAAGCUACUGUUACUUUCCUGAUUAAAAACCUGUACAAAAAUAAAACAAUCCUAUUGGUUUACACCCA